AUGAUAAAAGAAAUUAUAACUGCUCAUCUAAUAAGUUUACAAACAAACUUUAAUGUACGGUUUGAAGAUUUCCCAGAAGAAAUUCUAGGUUGGAUAAAAAAUCCAUUUCAUGUAUAUAUCAAUGAAAUAAAAUUAGGAAAUUUAAAAAUAAGCGAAGAACUUAUUGACUUGUCAUCAGAUGAAAAUCUACGUGUCAGAUUUCGAGAAAAUAGAUGUGGUACAUUUUGGAUUUCCAUCAAAUCUGAAUAUCCAGAAUUAUCAAAACAAGCCAUAUCAAUUUUACUUCCUUUUGCAACAAAUUAUUUAUGCGAAACAACAUUUUCAACACUAACGAUAAUUAAAAACAAAUAUCGCUUCAGAUUAAAUGUUGAAGCUGAUUUAAAAGUAGUAGUGUCAAAUAUCAAACCAAACAUAGAAUUAAUCAUGUCUACAAUGCAAGCUCAGGUCUCUCAUUAA